CGACCGACGAAGAUAGUAGACCAGAGAAGAUCCACCCUAUCCUCGCUAGUCAGUAGCAGUAUACAAGCUUUCGACCAAUCCGGAGGUUCAGCCACACCUAUGUCCUACAUGAAGAAGAAAACAAGAAAAACCCCCGGAGUAAUAGGACUACCCGAUACACCAGUAGCUCUCCAUGAUCUGAACCUUGAUGAACUGGUACCACGAUACGCACCACCAGUCAGCCCAACAGGAAAACUGAAGGUUCAGUUACAGUUCACGGAUGAUAAACAUGCUAUAACAGUCAUAAUUAUUGAGGCCCAGAAUUUGGUGAUUCCCGGAAUCCCUAAAGAUGUCGAUGUCAAUCCUUACGUCAAGGCUUUCUUAGUUCCUGGAAGAACUGUUAAGUACAGAACCAAAACCUUCUCCAAGACAAAGAAUCCACUAUUCUUGGAGAAGUUCUGUAUCAAAGACUUAGUUCCCAGUGAAAUAAAUGAAGAUUCGGCUAUCGAGUUUCAAGUAUAUUCUUCACAUCAUGUGUCCAGACGCCAUCUUGUUGGUGUGGGCUCUGUCCGUCUUAUGGAUGUAGAAAAUCUCUGUAAUGGUCAAGUUGAUUUAAUACUUUAUCCACAAACCGUUUACAGGCUUCAUCAAGGUGAUCUCAGAAUAUCCGGCUGUUAUCAACCAGUCGCGGGAAAAAUAGUUUUUAACGUCCUUGAGGCUCGAAACCUUCCCAGAGUUUCCCUUCUAGGAGCAAUAAAUCCAUACGUAAAAGUGGAGAUGUAUGUGAAUGGUAUACGAGAAGCUAAACACAAAACUAAAGUUCGCCAGAAUACACAAGAUCCAGUUUGGCAUCACCAGUGUGUUUUCGACAUCAACAGAGAAAAUCCUAAAUUAUUAGGCCAUGUAUUUGUAUUCCAUGUUCUUCAUAAAGAUAUGAUGACUGGUGUUCAUAAAAUUGGACAGGUUGAUCUAGGUUGGUAUAGCCACGGUGAACAACUGGAACAUUGGUAUGAAAUCAUGGAACAUCCACAUCGCGCUGCCGACUAUUGGCAUCCAAUCAUCAAAACCAACAAAAUUACAUCAUGA